GAGGAGGAGAGUCAGCCCUUGCAGCCUCCCGACAACUUUGCGAUGGUCAAUAGCUGGCUCUACAGGAGCUCUUUCCCGAAGAAGAAGCAUUUCCCCUUUCUCAAGACAUUGGGCCUCAAGAGCGUCUUGACGCUGAUCCUUGAGGAGUAUCCGGAACAGAACACGCAAUUUCUCGACGAGGAAGGCAUCACAUUCUAUCAGUACGGUAUUCCGGGGAACAAGGAGCCUUUCGUCCAGAUCCCAGACGACAAAAUCGCAGCCGCUCUGUCAACGAUGUUGGACCGCCGCAACCACCCAAUGUUGAUCCACUGCAACAAGGGCAAACACCGCACAGGCUGCCUCAUCGGCUGUCUUCGCAAAUUGCAAAGCUGGUCUCUCACUACGAUCUUUGACGAGUACCGCAGAUUUUCCUACCCGAAAAGUAGGAGUAUGGACCAGGAGUUUAUCGAGUUGUUUGAUGUCGGGAUGGUCUGGAGUCAGCUCGAGGAAGACGGAGAAGCGCUGGAGUGGCUUCCGCGCUGGACCGUAUUGGACGAGGGGCGCAAUCGGAUUCGAGCUAAG